AUGUCCAAGGUCUUCAUCGUCAGCGGUGCCAGCAAGGGCAUUGGCGCCGCCGUCACGCGCCAUCUCCUCGGGCAGGGCCACAAGGUUGUGCUAACGGCAAGGUCAGAGAAGCUACUCAAGGGCACACAGACGGCGCACCCAGGCCAGGUGGAAUACUUAGCAGGCGACAUGACGGAUUCUUCGGUUGCACCCAGGCUAGCCGAGAUCGCCGUCGACAAGUUUGGUCGCAUCGACGGCGUUGUGAUCAACCACAGCAUCCUGGAGAACACGGCGCUGGCGGACAUGAGCGUGGAGGACUUCAGAAGCAUGUACGAGAUUAAUGUCGUCAGCUGCUUCGCAAUGGCCAAAGCGGCAUUGCCGGAACUACGCAAGAGCAGAGGCUGCAUCGUCUGGGUUUCGUCGGGUGCUGCAACCAAGACGUACCAGGCCUGGGGGGGCUACGGCUCUUCCAAGGCGGCCAUCAAUUCCUUGUCGGGCCACCUUGCUGUUGAAGAAAAGGACAUCACAAGCAUUGCCAUCCAACCUGGUCGCGUCGACACCGACAUGCAGCAGCUCAUUCGUGAUACAGGAUCCGACACAAUGGACAAAGCCGUCUACAAAACAUUCGUGCAAGCAAAGGACACGGGAUCGCUUCUCAAGCCGGAGCAGCCUGGCAACGUCAUUGCACGAUUUGUAGCUUCCCCGUCCCAGGAGCUCAGCGGCAAGUUUACAGCUUGGAACUCACCUGAACUGGCUGCCUAUCAAGAGUAG